AUGAGUGUGAAUGAUUGUGCAAGACCUUUUGGGGGUAGCACUGAAGAUGGCUGUAGGAAAAUGAGGAACAACAAUGGAGAUGCAGUGGAUUCCCUAGAUGGAGAUUCCAAUGCUAAUGAAAUCCAAAGGGAACAUGGAGGAAUUUUGGAGGUUAUUGACACCAUGACCUCUGUGGUACCCCAGACUGAGAAACAGGGUAAGAUGAUUAUUCAGGGCACAGGUUCCCUGUGUGAUGACCCAGAGCUGGCUGAGUUUGAGAGGCUUGAAAGUCAGGAACUAGAAAAUGAGGAAGAGAGCAAUAGUCCUAAAGAUAACCUGAAGGGGCCAUCCACCAUUGUUAUGCAGACCGAAGCAAAAUAUCCAAGUGAUAAAGAUGGACCCUCCCAGCUAACUUUAAAAGAGCAGGAUUCCACCAUUUGCCCUCAGUGCACUAGCAAAGAAGCACCGGGAUGCAUAACAAGGGCUGAGUUUAGCUCUGAUAAUGAUGUUUUUGUGUCUUGCCUCUCCACAAUGUCUAGUCUUGGAGGAAGUCUUGCUAGUGCCCUGGACCAUGCUGGUCGAACCCAGAGCUCUGAUUCAUGGCAUGCACCCUCAGGACCAUACCGAACUCUCUCGGAGGACCUAACACUUGCCAUACAGUCUUGUCUGACCAAACCAGACAAAAGUCGGAGCUCCAUACACACAGCAAAAAGUACAUCAAAAAACAUUAGUGUUGAUCUGAACCUCAACUCAACUACUUUGCCAGAGGAACAUCUUUUAGAAGCACAAGAAAACCAACCAGCUACAGACUUUGCAACAUAUGAGAACUCAGUCCAGCUGACAAAUGGUGUGAGUGAAUGUAGCAUUACUAUGGCCAAAAGGGUCCCUAAUGAAUCUGGAAGCGCUAGUGAGGACAAUCCAGGAGAACCAGGCAUUCAUACUAAGGAGCACCAAGUAACAGAAGACAAGGAUCCAAAUUUGAAAACAUCAACUCAGAACUCUUGCCAACCUGUAAUCUCUGAAAAUACACAGUCUACUUCCCAUACUAGAAGGCUCUCCCAUGAUCUCAGUGGUGAUAUACAGAAUAAACUCAAAUCCCAUGAUGAAGAAUGUUCUGCUCUGAAUUUAAACUCCUCUACAGUAACCUCAAAGGGUACACCAGUCCAUUAUGGUGGCUCUGAACCACAACUGUACAGGAAGAAAUCAACUUUUGAAAAAACACGAAGUUCUAGUUCAUUGGAACGAAGAAGGCCCUGGAGCAGCCCUUCUCGCCCUGAGACCCCUCCAUCCCCUAAAAUCACCUUUUCACCUCGGAAACAGCCACCUCCUUCACCAGCCAGAUCUAUUAGCACAAGAGAGGGUAGUCAGGAACAUACUGAAACUUCACAGAGGGGUACCAGUGGUCUGAGGCAGCCAAGUAAAAGUUUUCUCACUAGCUUUAGUAUUAUCCCAAAAUCUGUUCUUUCUCAACAACCCACUAGAGCAAAGACUGAACCUAAGAGGUCCUCUCCACCUCACAAGCCCAAAAAUGUCCGACCUAAAAUCAUCACCUAUGUCCGCAAGAAUCCUCAAGCAAAGACAUUGUCUGAAGGACCCUACGAAGUAUCAACUCUUCCACCCAGACUUCCACCUUACGCCAGCUCUCCAACCUCAAAAGAGCCAAAGGUUGAGGGGUCCAGAUGUUCACCCACGCUGAGCUCUUCUAACUUACUUUAUGAUAAGUAUCAGCAGGAGAUACAGAGAUCAGGGUACUACACCCCUCCAGGACUGAUGGUCUCUGGAAUAAGGCCACCCAGUCACACUGUCCCCCAUAAAUUGGUGGGAAAAUCAGACUGUUUCCACGGGGAGCUGCCAGAUCAAUAUUUGCAUGAGGUUGGUAGAGGGGUUCAGCUGUCUACCCAUGAUACUGCUGGUGUUUUCCGCAUUCCUAGAGCUUUAAGGCCUCAGCUUGGUCUUGGAGCCAUCAGCAGACAGACUGCUUCUAAGAACAGGGAGAUAUUACCAAGUCAAAAGUUGACAUCACCCCUCAGUUACACGGCUCCAGCUGGUCAAGCUCCAAGCAGUCACCAGGAACUCUCAGUUGAUCAGAAGAGACUAGCAUCUGGUGUGGCUUCCAAAUUUAUGGUACCCAAACCAGGUCAAACUGGACUGCGUCCACCUGGCUUCUCCCACCUGCCUCCAGCCCGACUGGCUGCAUUUGGCUUCAUCCGCAGUGCCAGUGUGUCCUCCGUGUCCAGCAACCAAUCAAAUGACAGCACACACAGUGACCCCUGCCGAUCCAGCCGUCCAAACAGUGGCAGUGAGGAGACCCUCCUCUCUCGCUCCCCUCUCCCCCUCACUGAAAGCAGCAGUGUGAGAAGUCCUUACCGCGGCAGCCCCACACCCUCCAGUGGCCCCACCCCCACCCGCCGCUCUCUGCUCCCCCCUCGCGGCUCACCUGUGGCCUCUAGAAAAGAGUUUCAAAGGGAUCUAGAAAUUACACGUCCCAUUGUGUCAUCUCCAAAGAGGUUUGCAGUGGUCUCUCCUAAGCCUCAAUCCCCUGUAUCACCUAUAGUUCAGGUUCUCCACAACGAGAUUGAGAACAGUAGUGGUGUGGCAGUGGACUUCAGCUUAGAUGGCUAUCUCUUUAACAUUAAGAGGCUCUACGCAACCACUGAACUCCGGAGAGAGCGAUUCCUGCAACUGCAGUAUACAAACAACUGUGCUUUUGUGGACCAUACUCCGGAGGAUCUCCAGUCCGUCUUUGCUGUGGAAGUGAGAGCGUACAGCAGGAUGGGGCUGACAGUCAACACCACCAAGACACAAGUGGUUUGCCAAUGGACCUUCACUUUUGGUGGUGAACAGCUGUCAGUAGUGCCAUCCUUAAAAUAUCUGGGGAGUAUACUCGCAGAGCUUAGGGGCAUCGACAACGAUAUCCAGAGCUGGAUUAAACAGGUUGCAUCUGCCUGGGAGAAUUUAGCGCAGAUGCGUCAGAAAUCAUGUGUUGCCCGUCUGGGUGGCCGUGUGGAGGGUGUGGAUGCCGAGCGGGAGCGUCUGAUGGUGCAUAGACUGAAAGAGAGGUGUGAAGAUCAGGCCCAGCACCUGAUUAACCUGCAGGAUGAGCUCAGGAAGGCUUCACGAUGCCUUGAUGUGUUCAGCAUAACCACUCAACACUUCUGCCAGAUGAGUGAGAGUGGAGCUGUGAAGGAGAGGGAGUUGUCCCUGCAGUUAGCCAGGAUCAGGGAUGAAGUGGUGGUCAGUGUUCGGCGGUGGGAGCGUCUGCAGGGUGAGAAGGUCCAACUGGAGCAGAGUUUUGAGUGGAAGCUGAAAGGACUCAAAGAGCAGCAACAGAAGGAGCUCAAGGCCCUGCAGGAGAGACUGGUAAAGGAGCAGCACUCUGAGAUACAGCGACUCCAGCAACAGCAGAGCAACCACCUUGAGCAGCUCCGCUCCCAGCACCAGGAACAGUUUGAGGAAAUGAGUGCGAAUCAUGAGACUGCCCUGAUGGAGAUGGAAGCAACGCACAGUGCCUCUCUGGCCACACUACAGGAAGAACACACCAGAACCAUCAAGAAUAUAAAGAUGGCACAUGAGCAACAGAAGAAAUCCAUGGAAGAGGAAUUUGAGAAGCUCAGACUCUCACUGCAGGAUCAGGUGGACACUCUAACAUUUCAUAACCGCACUCUGCGAGACCGGGCCAAGCGUUUUGAAGAUGCUCUAUGCAGAAGCACAGAUGAGCAGAUUGUGGAUGCCCUCGCCCCAUAUCAGCAUAUCGAGGAGGACCUAAAGAGUAUCAAAGAGGUUCUGGAGAUGAAGAACCAGCAGAUUCAUCAACAGGAGCUCAAGAUCUCAGAACUGGAGAAAGUGCAGGCUCAAACAAAUGUACAUUUGGAGGAGCGUAUUCAGGUGUUACAGCAGCAAAAUGAAGACCUGAAGGACAGGAUUGACCGCAACCUUGCCAUGUCCAGGCAACUGUCGGAGGAAAAUGCCAACCUGCAGGUGUACGUGGAGAAAGAGAGCAACGAGAAGAAACGACUGAGUCGCACCAAUGAAGAGCUUAUGUGGCGGCUUCAGUCAGGCGAGUUGAGUCCUCGAAUGUCUCCAACCCAGUCACCCCUUCAUCGGCCAUCGUCAAGUCCCACAUCCCCCUCCCGAGCACAGCCCUUUCCUAGAUGA